UGAAGACGCCCCAUUGAGGAGUUCUUAUGGAUACACCACUGCUGUCAAUACCUUCAAUUACUUAUGGGAUGGAUCAUCAGCGGUGCAUAAAUAUGUAGACACCAUAUUUUAAUCAUAAAAUUUAAAUUUUCAAAAACAUUAGUUAAUCUUGAUUCUAGUCGAAAGUUCAAUGAAAUCUUUUGGGAGGCAACUCAAUAAUCAUAUUAUUAUGAAUACACCGCACGCACCGUAUCAAAUUAGUUGUUCUAACGCGCUGUGUACCCUUUAAUGCGAGUUAUUUAUUUAUCAGAAUUAUUCUAUAAUAUUUAAAACAAUUGUGAUGUAAAAAACCAAAUAUUUUAACGUGCACAAUCAAUAAAAGCACAAAAGAGGAUUCCACUUCUAACGAUUUGAUAAGAUUAUUGGUUUAAUCAAUAAUAGUAAUAAGUAUUUAGUUUUCGUUUAGCCUGCAGCUGAUGAAGAAAUGCUGAGAAAAGUCGAGCAUUAUUAGUGAAGACGUUUUGUUCCAGUUUCUCUAGGUUUAAAAUAAUUUGUUCAAUAUGAGUUAUUCAGUUAUAAAUAUGUGUGUGGGAAACAUAGUCAGCUUCUCGGUUGGAACAGCUAUCACCUGGGCCUCGCCAGAAAUAGACAAAUUGAAAAAUUCAACAUUGGCAAUCACGGAAGAAGAAGCAUCAUGGGUCACGUCCCUUUUUCAUCUAGGAGCGGCAUUCGGCCCAUUCCUCUUCGGAUAUUUAGCUGACAAAAUUGGCAGAAAACUUACCUUAGUAUCCUUGGGAUUUCCCUUUGCUAUAAUCUAUCUUCUCAUGGCAUUCGUCAAAAAUUUGUAUUUGUUCUACAUAGGAAGAUUUAUUCAGGGCCUAGCUACAGGAGGAGUGUUUACCGUAAUGCCAAUGUACGUUGGAGAAAUAGCAGACAGCUCUAAUAGAGGACUACUAGCUGGUUUAUUAAACAUUUUCCUUUGUGUUGGAAUGUUAUUUUCCUAUUGUGUAGGACCAUAUGUUAGUAUCUUAGCUUUUAAUUUAAUAUUAGCUGUAUUUCCAAUAGCUUUCAUACCGAUUUUUUUCAUACUAGCUGUAGAAACCCCUUAUUAUUGCUUAAGUAAAAAUGAGCCGUUAAAAGCUAGACAAAUUCUUCAGAAAGUUAGAGGUCCUACUGCAAAUAUCGAUGAAGAAAUUCAAUCUAUAGAACAGGCUCUUAAAUCUGAAGGUCAGGCUGGAAUUGCAGAUUUGUUUCAAAUAAAGGGAAAUCGCAGGGCAUUUAUUAUUAGUGUGGGACUUAUGGCCUUCCAACAGCUAUCUGGAAUAAGCGUUGUUUUAUCUUAUGCCCAACCAAUCUUCAAACAAGCUGGAACCAGCCUGGCGCCCGAAGUAUGUUCAAUGCUUGUAGGUCUUGUCCAACUGAUUUCCAGCUUUUUGUCUUCAGCUCUUAGUGACAGACUUGGAAGAAAGAUUCUUCUUAUUGUCUCUAGUAUUGGUAUGGUUUUAUCUGAAGGACCAUUAGGGGUUUACAGUUAUUUGAAAGAUGAAACAUCAAUUGAUGUAUCCGGUGUUUCAUUCUUACCCAUACUUUUGUUAAUGAUUUAUAUUCUAACUUACAAUGUUGGUAGUGGUUCUUUGCCAUGGACGAUAAUGGGGGAGUUAUACCCUUCAAAUGUGAAAUCCAUCGGUUCCUCGCUAACCAGUGGGUCAUGUUGGUUAAUGGCAUUUAUUGUUGUUAAGUAUUUCAGCAGUAUUUCGGAGUCUAUAGGGUUGGGAGCUUGUUUCAUGAUCUUUUCUAUUUGUUGUUUAGCUUCUAUACCUUUUAUCCAAUUUCUCGUUAUUGAAACUAAAGCAAAGACUUUGGAACAAAUUCAAGAAGAACUUAAUAAAUAAACUUCAAGUAACUCGAAAGUUUACAAGCCCUUUAUCAUUGUACCUAAUUUGCAUAUUUGAUUGCCUAUGUUUGGGGGGUUUACGAAAUUAAAUUCUAUCGUGCAAUUUUUAUAGUAUGUUCAUUUGUAAAGUUGUCCAUUUAAUAUUUUAUGAAAUAAAUAAAUAUUUAACGUAAAGAAUAAAUAUUAUAUUUGCGAAAAAUGGGGCAAAAAUUAUAUCAAAUUAACAACAUUUUAGAUGUUUAAAAUUAUUUUUAGCCAUAUUGAAAACGCAACUAUAAAUUUGCCCUCAUGGUAAACCUUGGAGAAAAAACGUCAUUAUAAUGAAUGUUUCCUUCUUGUUAAACUUAUUCAUUACAUGUUAUUCUGUUGAUUUCUUAAAUGUUUUCCAGGAAAAUAUUAACGAUUAUUUAAUUUAUUAUUGAAAGGAAACAUAACUCCAUUUUUUGAAUUUUACUAUUCACAGUGUACCAAAAAAAUCUUCCAUCGUUACACUCGACUUUUAAUCAGAAUUGACGUCGACGUUUUUAAAUUUAAGAGUUUGAACAUAACUAUUUAAAAAUGCUUUGUGAAUAUGGAUGUUGGAGAAAACUUUAUGGAAAAAUAUUUUUAUAUUUUAAUAAAUUAUUGCUAACUAACGAUUUACAAUUUUCAGAAGGUUUUUGACUGUGGUAGCAAAAUAUACAUUAAAUGCACAAUCUGUAUAAACUAGCCUAAAUAAAUAUUUCAUAUAUAAAAUGUAAACAAAUGUAAAACUAUUGUGAUAUUUUUUAAUAAAUAAAGUGAUGUAUUAUUUUUUUAAUUAUAUGCAAAAAAUGUAAUAAAAACUCAAAAGUUUUAAUUUUGGAAAUUUUCCUUGCGUAAGAGUGCAGACAUUGGACAUUAAUCAUCACGUUUACAACGACUUAAUAGUUUCCUAUACCUGUAAAAAUUGAGAAAAAUUUCCACUUUCCUUGGUUGCCUCUUAAUUUUUUUCAAUUAGACACAAGACCUGUGAUGUCACAUUAAAUCGUGAAUAAUAUGAGGUAAAGGAUUUGGGAGUGGUCUUUUAAUCUAAUUUUAAAUUCAAUAACCAUUUCUUACACAUAACUAAAAAAGCAAUAAAUAUAAAAGCUUUGGGUUUUUAAAUCAGAAAUACAAAAAUUUUUAGGAUUACCACCAAAAUUAGACUAUAUAAUGCCUUAGUAAGACCCCAUCUUGAGUAUGUUUCACAAAUAUGGAUGCCCUUGGAAGCCACACAUAUUGAUCAUAUUGAAAAAAUACAAAAAAUAUUUUUACGGUACCUUUAUGUCAUAAAAAAUACUCGUACCCUUAUAAGAUCUCAUAUAAAACUAUACUUCAUAGUUUUAAGAAUAAAUCUCUUUUACAAAGAAGAAAGCAGUCAGUCGUUAUGUUACCACUUUGAAAAAAUCAGAAUUCUCUAAAUUAAAAUCUGUAACAAAGUGGUUAUAAAAGUAGAUUUCGAGAGACUUAAAAGCCAUCAAAUACUCUUUAUGGUUAAGCAUAACAACUAGUUGGACCCUUGAAUAAUAAAUAUAUCAAAGAAUUAAUAGGAGGUAUGUUAAUUGCUAAGAUACUCGGAACUUAUAAUAUUUGUUUAGAAUGAUUUGUUUUAGGAAUAAAGUAAGACUUCAGCAAAACCUACUAUUUAUUACUUGUAAUCUGUAAGUUGUGUUCCCCUUACAUUAGUUAGGCCUCAAUAGCCCCAUUGUUCAUCCUCCAGAUGCGGCCUUUCAGGUGAGAUUUCUAUAGGGAUAACUACCUCUCAGAUCGUCAGAUAGCCUGCAGAUCUGCUUGAGAUAAAAUUGAAUAAUACAUUUUGCUGAAUUAAUUUUUUUUUUUUUAAUUUCAAACUAGUCCACCAACAAAAUGUAACCAUUUCCAAAUAAUAAAAUUCUCUUGAUGUCCCUGCACUUCUGAUUUGAAGAUUAAGUUGUUAAAAGCCUGAUCUACACCACACUUACAAGUUGUAAUAUUUUUAUAGCGACCAUGUAACGAUUUUGACAAAAGUAGCUAUUCUAGUAUUCA